AUGGUGCGUCGCAGCUCUGCGCGCAUUCGUGAGAGGAAUGGCACAACGCCGACGAGAGAUAUUUCUUCUGAUCAUGUUAUCUCACGACUGACGGAGCAAACACCGACCAAACUCACCACGCUCGCCGAGGAUGAAGAGGACAUCGCAAUGCCUGGCUCAUUUCCCGUCUCGACGUCGCCCUUGGCAGAUUUCAAUGUACGUGCAGUCACACCAGUAAAGCAAACGCCUAUUAAACCGAGCGAUGCCGAAAUGCAUCCUCAACGCCACUAUCAAUCCACAGCGAAGCCGCGCGAUGAGGCCCGACAUCUCGGCUUCUCAAACAUGGUGCCACAGACAGAGCCGCCUCGACAGAGUCAGGGUCUCUUCGCACUGCAGGAAACACCUACACGCCCAAAAGAU